AUGGUCCGAUCCCGUAUAGAACUUUGGUACAACAGCGACAUCCGUCAGGCAGAACCUUUUAUUGACGAUGAUGUGGUCUAUCUCAUUACGGUACCCUCCACCGGGUACCUCGGUCUUGAUCGGCACGCUAAUCUCGUUUCGGACUCACUGUAUCGCACGUUAGUGGAGAAGCGUAUUCACACAUCAGACAUUGGUGGCACGGCUAAGACGAGCGAAGUCAUUGCUUCAGUCCUCGAAUUCAUUGAAAAAGAGAUGGAAGGUAUGAGAUUCCGUUCAUGA